AUGUAUCGAGCUCGAAUGUUUCGACCCUCGUUGGAACUGUCUGAUUUCUGUGUCGAUAGUAGGGUUGAUAUACCAGUUGGAGGUGGUCCUAGAACCUUCCAGUUCUGUGCCUACAAUGCUUAUUCCAUCGAUGGGCGAAAAGUUCAACAUUUUGGUGGUGUUGGAAAUGGUCGAGCAACAGAUGGAGGUUUUGGAAGUGCAGGAACCGGCACGGGAAGCAAUAUAGGCAGCGAGGGAGGAGCCAAAAUUGGUGAAGGACGCAGCAUAAGUGUUGGUGGAGGAGGAAAUGUAGGUGCCGGUGUAAGAGUUAGUGGUAGUGCAAGUGGAGAAGGUAAUGUAGGUGGUGGUGUUGGAGGAGGUGGAAGUGUUGGCAUAGGUGGAAGAGAUAAUAUAGGUGGUGGUGUUGUUGGAGGUGGAAAUGUUGGGGCGAGUAGAGGAGCUAGCAUAGGUAAUGGUGCAAGAGGUGGUGUUAGUGGAAAUGGAGGUGGAAGUGGUAACGUUGGAGAAGGAGGCAAUAUAGGAGGUGGAAAUACCGAAGUAGGUGGAAGAGGUAACAUAGGUGUUGGUAGUGGUACUAGUGGAAGAGGUAACGUAGGUGGUGGUGUUGGAGGAGGUGAAAGUGUUCGCGUAGGUGGAGGAGGUAACACAAGUGGUGGUUCCAUUGGAGGUGGAAAUGUUGGUGCAGGUGGAAAAUGUAACAUAAGUGGUGGUGGUGGUGGUUUUGGAAGUGGAAGCGGUAAUGUUGGGGGAGGAAGCAACAUUAGUGGUGGUACAGGAGGUGGUGGAAAUGUUGGGAUAGGUGGAGGGGGUGCCUUAGGUGUUGGUGGUAGUGCAAGUGGAAAAGGUAGUGUAGGCAAUGAUGUUGGAGGAGGUGGAAGCGGUAAUGUUAGGGGAGGAGGAAACACAAGUGGUGGUGCAGGAGGCGGUGAAAAUGUUGGUGUAGGUGGAGGAGGUAGCAUAGGUGCUGGUGUAGGAAGUGGUGUAGCAGGUGGUGGUGGAGCAAAUGGAGGAGGUAAUGUAGGUGGUGGUGUUGGAGGAGGUGGAGGAGGUAACAUAGGUGGUGGUGCCACUGGAGCUGGAAAUGUUGGUGCGGGUGGAAGUGGUAACAUAGGUGGUGGUGUCGGAGGUGGUGUUGUUGGGGGUGGAAGCGGUGGAGGAGGUAGCAUAGGUGCUGGUGUAGGAAGUGGUGUAGCUGGUGGUGGUGGUGCUAAUGGAGGAGGUAAUGUAGGUGGUGGUGUAGGAGGAGGUGGAAGUGUUGGCGGAGGUGGAGGAGGUAACAUAGGUGGUGGUGCCAUUGGAGCUGGAAAUGUUGGUUCGGGUGGAACUGGUAACAUAGGUGGUGGUGUAGGAGGAGGUGGAAAUGUUGGUGUAGGUGGAAGAGGUAGCAUAGGUGCUGGUGUAGGAAAUGGUGUUGCUGGUGAUGGUGGUGCUAAUGGAGGAGAUAAUGUAGGUGGUGCUGUUGGAGGAGGUGGAAGUGUUGGCGUAGGUGGAGGAGGUAACAUAGGUGGUGGUGGUGGUGCUGGAGCUGGAAAUGUUGGUGCAGGUGGAAGAGGUAACAUAGGUGGUGGUGUCGGAGGUGGUGUUGUUGGAGUUGGAAGCGAUAAUGUCUAG